CACAAGUCUGUGGUCGAUGGACGGGUUCGGGGGGGUUGGAGGAGCUGAAGGUCCCCUUUAAAAUCCGUCUCCCCCCGCCCCCUUAAACACAUCCACACAUUUAGUAGCAUGUUGUUCCCUCCUCGCUCCUACAUUCCUUUGCACUUCUCCGACUUCCUCUCUGUGAAAUCACUUUUCCAACGCAACAUCCUUGCUGUUGUCGGAUGAAAAGAGCUGCAAUGUCUUAGCAAGCUUCGAGAAUCUUCCUCUGGCAGCUGAACUCCUUUGGCAAUGGCACAGCCCCCCCUCUGAUCAGACGAUGAGGACCCACACCCGUGGGGCCCCUACAGUGUUCCUCAUAAGUCUGUUGCUGCUCCCGCUGCCUCUGACUGCAGCAGACCCGAGUGGGGGAAUCCCCUUCAUGGGAGGCAACUACAAUGGCCAUCCCAUGCUGUAUUUCGAUCGGGCGGACGUAGUAGAGCUUCAGUUGGCAGCCGGAAGUACCCAUAGGGAGAUGGCGAGGCGCAUCCGCGAUGCCGGUGAAACCAUGCUGGAACACCCAGAGGAGUAUCUGCCUCCCUGGAGCCCCGUGGAGUUCAGUGCCCGAUGGAAUGAGGUUUAUGGCAACAACCUGGGUGUGCUGUCCAUAUUCUGCCUGUUGUACCCACACAGAGCUGGAGCCGUGGACCUCGCCAAGGACUACAUGGAAAGAAUGGCAGCUCAGCCUAGUUGGUUGGUGAAAGAUGCACCUUGGGAUGAAGUUCCUUUGGCACACUCUUUGGUUGGGUUUGCCACAGCUUAUGACUUCCUGUUUGAGUACUUGAACAAGGACCAACAGGAGCGUUUUCUUCAGGUGAUCGGCAAUGCAUCUCAUCUUAUGUAUGAGAAGUCCUAUACCCGAGGCUGGGGAUUUCAGUACCUGCACAACCAUCAGCCCACUAAUUGUGUAGCAUUGCUCACAGGAAGCCUGGUUUAUAUGACACAAGGUUAUCUCCAAGAGGCCUACCUGUGGACCAAGCAAGUGUUGUCCAUCAUGGAGAAAUCCAUGGUUCUACUUCAAGAUGUCACAGAUGGUUCUUUGUAUGAGGGAGUAGCCUAUGGGACGUACACAACCCGCUCUCUGUUCCAGUACAUGUUUUUGGUACAGCGCCACUUUGCCAUCAGCCACUUUGAUCAUCCCUGGCUCCUAAAACACUUCAAUUUCCUGUACAGGACUAUCCUUCCUGGAUUUCAGCGAACGGUAGCCAUUGCCGAUUCCAACUACAACUGGUUUUACGGCCCAGAGAGUCAGCUUGUCUUCUUGGACCGUUUUGUGAUGCGCAAUGGCAGUGGAAACUGGCUGGCCGAAUUGAUUCAUCAAAACAGGGUCACGGACGGAGUGGGACAGGCUGGGAAGGGCCAGCGAUGGUGUACUCUCCACACAGAGUUCCUCUGGUAUGACCCGGACCUCAUUCCAAAACCCCCAUCCGAUUUUGGCACGUCUCAGCUGCAUUACUUUGAAGACUGGGGCGUGGUGACCUAUGGCAGCGCUUUACCUGCGGAUACAAAUCGCUCCUUUCUUUCCUUCAAGUCGGGGAAGCUGGGGGGACGUGCUAUUUUUGACAUUGUUCACAAGAGCAAGUACAAAGAGUGGAUUAAAGGGUGGAGGAACUUCAACGCAGGCCACGAACACCCUGAUCAGAACACCUUUACUUUUGCACCCAACGGCAUUCCCUUCAUCACAGAGGGACUAUAUGGCCCUAAAUAUACUUCGUUGAAUAAUGCCGUGUUGUUUGGUCCUGCCCACUCAGGGAGUUGCUUCAAGCCAUGGGCUGGCCAGGUGACAGAAUCCUGUGACUCCAAGUGGUUGAAGUACAAGACAGGGCCUGCAGCUGAUGCUCAGGGGAAAGUAGAAGCUGCCAUGGAGAGACAAGGGAUGGUCUUCAUUCGCGGGGAAGCACAUUCUGCUUACAGUCCAGACCUGAAGAUCCGGAACUUUCAGAGAAACCUCCUCCUCCUGCACCCACAGCUCCUAUUGCUGGUGGACCACAUCCAUCUGGAUUCCGACAGCCCAUGCAGGGCCAUGAGUGCGUUCUUCCACAACACGGAGCUUCCAUUCCAGGAUAUAAAAAUAGACGGUGUUCAUGGAGCAUUUGUAUCCCACAAUGAUGACAAGUAUAAAAUGUUCUGGAUGGAUGACACGGGUAACGGUAACAGAGGGAUGGUAGGGUACUGGAAUUACCCACGAGGGUACCCGUAUAAUGGCUCUAACUAUGUGAAUGUCACAAUGCCAUUAAGAUACCCUCACACCCGAGUGGCCUACAUUUUUUUGGGACCAGGUGUGACUCUCAACAGCUUCAGCCUGCGCGGUGAUGACCAAAGAGUGGAUAUUUACUUGGCCACCGCGGAGCACACCUACACCGUCUACCUGCUGACCGGAGUGGUCACCAGCAAGCCUCUUUUCGCCAUGGUGCUCACGGACCACAAGAAGAUCGUAUUCGAGAAGACACCGGCCGCGGCGGACCGCUCGCUUUUGGAAGUAGAGGAAUACGUCAACGUGAUGGAGGACAACCUCCAGCACGUCAAGCCGGUCUUCCAGCAAAUGGAGAGACAUAUUCUCGGAAAGGUUCUAAACACAGGCCGAUUCCGCAAGACGGCAGAGCGCCUGCUUCAGUUCUCUGACAAAAAGAAGACAGAGGGGGUUAUUGAGAAGCUGUUUGCCAUGUCCAAGAAGCAGAGUAAGGAUAAGGUGGGCAAGAAAGUAAACCUCGGGGAGAAGCUCUCUGGGAGUCUGCCGGACAUAUUUGCACAAAUUGAGGUAAGUGAAAAGAAAGCUCGACAGAGGACAUCUAAGCGGGUGUAUGAAGACAGUCCAGAGGAGGGAGACGCAGACCCGCAAGCCUUCAUAGAAUACACAGACAGCCGCAAAAACAGGAAGGGUGGCUUCGUGAAGGGGCGGAACUUUAAAGAGGUAAAUGUGUUGUUGACUACCGGAAGCCAGCGGCUUUCCAACAUGGCUUCUUCCAUUAGACUAUUUCUCCUCUUGAACACUGCCACCUUCUUCUUGCUCCUGGCGGUCUUAUUGACUCGCUUUCACAGGGGUCGAAGCUUACACACUCAGAGGUGUUUUUAUACCAUCGUUACGAUCGACUGCUUGAUCUUGCUGUACCUCUACUCCUCUUGCUCUCACAUACAGUGUUGACAUCAUUAGUUAAUCAUUCACUCCGUAGCCUCAGCUGCCCUGGGGCAGAUCCUUGCAUAUUUGUGGUUCUUCUCAACGUAAUACAUUUUUUAAUCAUUUAUUCGCUGGAUGUCCUGUCUAGUGGUGCAUUUUCUUUCCAGCAAUAGGCACAGAAAAGGGAGUCCUGUGAAUAUUCUCAUUUAUCCAGGUCAUUGUAUUCUCAGGGCAUUGAACUGUCCUUUCUAGUCCAGUGGCGACUGCUGGCCUUUGAAACAAGGGAAGCUCAUUGGGGUCUGACAAACAUUUAAUAGGAUUUUGUCAAUGCUGUCCGCUGCCACUGUAGCUGGGCUCUAGCUAGCAAGCUACUGCUUCCACAUCGGUGAAAUGAUUUAACGAACCAACGAACGAAGAAACUGCAACGCUGGGAUUACAAUGUGUAGUGUAUACAAAGUGAGACAAUAGCUGUAGAAUUGAAUGCCUGUGAAAUAAUUCCCAUCCGCUCUGUCCGCUGUCUCCCCUCGAAUCUGCGUGACUGAGUCGCGUGGAGAUAGGGGAGGGAAAAAAACGCAGCUCACUCCUCCGGCUGCUCUUAGUCAAAAUCAAGGACCACCCUGCUCCAUAGACCCCCCGUGAAGCUCGACUCCCCAAGAAAGUGAUGCUUUUUGCCGUUUAUCUGAUAAUGGACUUGCUUUCUUGCUGUGAGCUUCCAUGUGCUGAAGAUAGCGCUUCAUUGGAGCGCAACCAUAGCGUCCGUGCUGCUUUCGAAGCAAGCAAGAUCACAAAGAGCGUACUCAUGAAAUUAAGCACAUUCCAGCGCACUUUUAAUGCAGUUUUAAGUCUAUCCAUUUAAGUUUAACAAGGCAUAUUUGACCAAUUACUGUAUUUUAUUGAGCAAUCACCAUUGAUCUAGUCAGACUAGAGCUGCCUCACACAGCCGUUCAGCAUGAACUGAUGAAACCUGCUUGGAUGAGAGGCAAAACAUCUUCUAAGACCGCCUGAAUCACCCAGUUGCGAUUGAUUCAAUGGCCUGAGGGUGUUUUUACUAAUCUGGGGUCAUGUCGCAGGGGCAGCAGCCUAAGCAGAGAAGCCCUGACUUCCUUCUCCCCUUCUGCUUGGUCCGGUUCCUCCUGGGUGAUGCUGAGGCGUUCCCAGGCCAGUUGAGAGACACAGUUUCUCCGUGUCAUGGGUCUUCUCCGAUAUCUUCAAUCGGUCGGACGUACCCUGAACACCUCCCCAGGAGAGGGGAAAUGCCCGAGUCACCUUAUCUGGCUCCUCUCACUGCGGAGGAGCCGUGGCUCUAUUUAGAGUUGGAUGACAGAUCUUCGGCCGCCUGUACCCAUGAGCUUGUCCUUUCGGAGGGUAGCGACGUAGAUGUACUGGUGAAUCGAGAGCUCCCUCAGCUCGGCUCCCUCUUCACCUCAACGGACCGAUGCAGAGUCCGCACCAAUCCGCCUGUCAGUCUAAUCACUCUAUCCUUCCCUCACUCGUGAACAAGACCCCGAGGCACUUAGCAACUCCUCCACUCGGGGUAGGUUCUCACCCUCGACCUGGAAAUGAAACUCCACCCCUAUUGGAGGUAUGCUACCAUUUGUUGGCGGUUACCAAACACACUGUGGCGUCUUGCCCAAGGAGACACAUGCAGUGACUGGGAUGGAGGAAGCGGGUUUCGAACCAACAACCCUCCAGUGACGGGAUCUCCUGAACCACACGGUCGUCACUGAUGUUUUUUUUAAUCAUUCAUACCCUGGCCAAGUAUUUAGUUAAUGGCCGUUUUUAUUACGUGAAUCAUAGCUGAAAAUGAAUGACACACGGAAGUCGCAGAAGAAUGGAAUUUAUGCUGACUCAUGAUUUUUUUUAAUUUUGGCAAAAACUUCUCUACUGAGUUGCAAACUAUAACAAAGUUAAUACUGUGCUUUCAAAUAAAUGCACCCGCAGUCGUAGAAAAAAGGUUUGUUUUUUUUAACAUUGCCUUUUGUUGAACACAAACUUUGUGGAAAACACUGGUAGGUGCGAAAAUAAUCCAAAAAUGACUUCCUUCAGGCUAAAAUGGCCUCUUGCUUAUACAUCUGGCACUUUGAUAUGUGCAUUGUAAUCUGUCAAUGUCUAUUCCUGUAGAAAGUCUUUUUUCUGUUUCACUUCUGUGUGGCUGAAGGUGUUUUUGGCCCCCGAGAUGUUGUAAACUGUUUGUGUAAAUGUGGACAGAGCCAAAACGAAAUGUAUUGUCGAGCAACGUUUCCUUGUUUGGAUUUGGCUCCAGCCAGUUAAAUCAAUAGGCAUGUUCGUGUUGGUAGUGAUCUUUUCAAGCACAGUGAAGUCGAUUCUUAGCCAGUCGCACAAAAUAAAACCAAGUCAUUAUGUAAGCCCUCCCUUUUGUUUUCACUCUUCAUGAGAAAAAUGAAAUCACCCAAACCGGUGAAGCAACAAGUUGUUCCAUACAGUAGCAGCGUCUCUCCGGUCUUCUCUCAUGUCAAUCAGUUGACCUCAUGCUUUUUGUUGUCCACUAAAUUGACCUAAUUUGCAUAUUUCGUUGGCAUAACCGUUGUGAUACUCUUUGACUACAAGUACAUGUGAUGCUUAUGUUUUAACAAUAAAAAGAGCUUUACAGAUGAUUUCGGGGGAAAGAGUUUGGUGAAAAGUCCUUUGCCAGGUGGACAUUGUGAACUGCAGCGUUGUCCUUCCAGUCAUUACCGCACAGUUGAGGGCCUUCAUUCAUGAGAUGCCCCCUGUGACAUCUCCACAUAGCCAACUGCCGUUUGACGCCCCUGCACAACCUGAAGCUCCAUUGUACCAUUGAAGGAAAAAGCAGCCCAGCUCAUGAUGGCGCUCCCUCCAAACCUCUCAGGUGGGAUCUCCUUCAUGCCAGUAACGUUGGAAGCCAUCAGGACCAUCAAGGUUACAUUUUUUUUCCUCAUCAGAGAAUAAAACUGUCUUCCACCUUUCAAUGUCCCAUGUUUGGUGCUCUCCUGCAAAUUUCCAACAGGCAAUUUUGUGGCAUUGAAGGAGACAAGUCCUUUGUGAAAGUUUUUUUUCCUUCUUAAAACCCUUCUCUCGCAGAUGCUGUCGGAUUGCACUCGGCUCCAGUAACAACCUUCAUUUGGGCCGAGGAUGGUCCCGUGUCUUGACGGACAACCAAUCGGAUCCUCCGGCUCAAGGCUGGUGAGAUUUUUUUUUGGGUCCACCACUAGACUUAAAUAAGCCAUAUCUAAGACUCAUGUGUGGUCGUGUGUGUUGCUUUAAAUAUGUUUAUUAGGGGAGCCGAGUGAGUGGCGGACAGGAAGUGACGACGGGGGUUCAGAGUUGAGUUUCGCCGGCUUUUAUUGCAAGUUUUAAUUGCCUCACAACAGACAUAAUAAUCCCUAAUAAAAACACUGGCUAAUGUUGCGGCUGGAGCGCACGUCAAGAUGAAAUUGAACUCUUGACUCCUUGUCCUCCCCCGUCACUCAGCUUCCCUAGCACUGGAACACAUUUACAGCAACACACAAGGGUCUUAUUUAUGUCUUACAUAUCUUAUUUUCUCUUACAAUGCCGACUAUAUUGGGUAAUAGGAGUGUAAAGGUGACUAUAGGGUUGUUACUUCAUGUCUAGAGGGCUCUAAUGAUGUUAAAAAAACAUGUUUAGAAGGUCAUAAUGUUGGAUUGGGUCACUUUGUCCACUUGCAGUCGCUAUCAUGCAAUAAACAAGGCACAGAGGCGGCAACAGAACAGCAAAGAAUGAAAGAAAGAAAGUCUGCUUCAUGUGCCUCCUCUGUAUGGAUAGAAAGCGAUUAGGUUAGUCAAUUUUUUUCACAUUAAUAUAAUCAUUAAAUUGUUUACUUUCAGUUAAAUAUAUUAAAUCUAAAAAGUGUAUAUAAUAAGUAUAUGAAAUUAUUCUAAUUAAUUGUACAAUAAUAUAAAAAUAAAUGUUAAAACAAUGAAUACUGCAAUUCCCUACUAAAAUAAUAUAUCUUUGAUAAGUUUCAAUGGUGCAAAAAAAACUACUUUUAAAAUCUCUUCUGUGUUCUGUAUAAAAAUCGGCCAGUCUUACUGGACAAACAAAUGUCAAAAAAAUAUGAAACAAUAUUUAUUUUUUAUAUUUUGGCAAUAUUUAUAACAAUACUCUAUUCACACUCCUAUUAUCUAUUACUCCUAUUACCCAAUACAGUAAACAUAAGAGAAAAUAAGACAUAAUAUAGACUAACACAUGAGUAAUAUUGGAAACUUCCUUUUUU